AUGGCGAAGGAACCUGAAAUUCAUGUUCACAUGCCUCAUCCAGGCAAACACAAGGAAAAAAACCCUAUGACGAAUUGGACAUACGAUGUUUUCCUCUGGAUUUUCUCUAUACUAGUCGACCUCUUCUUUCGAGAGGUUCAUCCUCGCGGAUCAUGGAAGGUGCCACGGCAGGGACCUGUGAUUUUUGUCGCUGCCCCGCAUGCCAAUCAGUUUGUGGACCCUCUUAUCCUCUUGCGCACUCUCCGUUCAGAAUGCCACCGCCGAGUUGCCUUCCUAAUUGCCGCGAAAUCGAUGAACAGAAUGCUGAUUGGAUGGUUUGCAACCAAGGUCGGCGCUGUGCCUGUUGGGCGGGCCCUUGAUAUGGUCAAACCUGGUUCUGGAAUGAUAUACCUGCCCGACCCCGUUAAUGAUCCUCUUCUUGUCCGCGGAAUUCGCACGAAGUUUGACGCGGGCGAGGCACAAAUUGGAGGACUGUUGGUUUUACCCAGCGUUAAUGGAACUGCUGCCAACGCCGAGAUCGCCGAGAUCAUAAGCGCGGAGGAGAUUCGAUUAAAGAAGCCUUUCAAGGGCGCUGUGGCAAUGAAGCAGCUCACAGGGAGAGAAGACGUGGAACGAACUAGCGACGGCUUUGAGGGCACGAAAUACAAGACUGCACCUAAGGUGGAUCAGACGCAGGUGUACGAUGCAGUCUUUGAUCGCCUGAGUGCAGGUGGUGCAGUGGGAAUUUUCCCCGAGGGGGGCAGCCACGAUAGGACCGAACUGCUCCCUCUCAAAGCUGGUGUGGCCAUCAUGGCUCUUGGUGCCUUAGCAGCGAAUCCCGACUGCGGAUUAAAGAUUGUGCCUUGUGGCAUGAACUACUUCCACGCCCAUAAAUUCCGAUCCCGGGCGGUAAUUGAAUUUGGGAAUCCUGUCGAGGUCCCAAAAGAGCUAGUCGAUCUCUACAGGAAUGGCGAACGGAGAGAAGCCGUGGGUCAAUUGUUGGACACGGUAUAUCAGGCACUUGUUGCGGUCACUGUCACAAGCCCUGAUUAUGACACGCUCAUGCUUAUCCAAGCUGCGCGGAGGUUGUACAAUCCAGCACACAAAAAGCUGCCCCUACCAAUGGUGGUUGAGCUAAACAGAAGACUCGUAAAGGGUUACACGCACUACAAAGACGAUCCCAGGAUUGUCUCGUUGAAGAAGUCAGUGAAUGAUUACAAUAAGCAAUUGCGUUACAUGAACAUUCGCGAUCAUCAAGUCGAGUACGCCAAAUUCAGCAUUCCAAAAGUUGUCUUCCUGCUCUUCUACCGGUUAGCGAAGAUCUCCGUACUGUCUAUAGCCGUACUUCCUGGUCUUGUGCUCUUCGGUCCAGUUUUCAUCGCGUCGAAAAUGAUCAGCAUAAAGAAAUCCAGAGAAGCCCUCGCCGCUUCUACUGUAAAACUCCAGGGUCGGGAUGUCAUGGCAACAUGGAAACUGUUGGUGGCACUUGCGUUUGCGCCGAUUUUAUACAACUUCUACACCAUCUUGCUCACAUACUGGACAUACCACAACAGGAUUCAAGGUUACAUGCCUGACUGGGUGCCGUUAUGGGGGGUUGUUGUUUUUGGAUAUAUCUUCUUCCCAGCAAUCACUUUCGCCGCUCUCCGCUUCGGCGAAGUAGGUAUGGACAUCGUCAAAUCCUUGCGCCCGCUUGUCCUGUCUCUUAAUCCAGCAUCGAGCAACAUCAUCUUUAAACUUCGUGAACGGCGGGCACAGCUGAGUGCUGAAGUUACGGAUGUCAUCAAUACACUUGGCCCUGAAGUGUUCCCAGAUUUCGACUCUGCCAGAAUUAUAGCGGACCCGUUCCGCAAUGAACGCACUGGUAGCCCUAUAUCACCGACCGCUGCUGGGUUCACUCGUAGAGACAGCAAUCAGUCUGGUGCUUCCGACUUUACUGAUGUUGGCGCAUCGAUUGGUGGCGGGUCCAGUAUGAACAGCAACUUGCCGCGAAACGAAUCAUUCAAAAACCUUGGGAAUAUCGCUCUCUUUGCAACGCGCCCGCCUUCUAGGAGCAGGAGUGCCAGCAGCAGCAGUGGAGGUGCCGUUGGCUCAGCGGCAUUCCCGUUGCAGGCCUUUAGCACACUGGAUUCGAAAAGCAGCUUCGAGGCGGUGAGCCAGAAAAUUAGGGGAGCCAUGAGGGAGCGGGGGCAAAUGAGGAGGAGAAAGAGCGAAGAAGCUAGAGAAGAGGAUGAGGAUGACAGUGACGACGAAGAGAGAAAGAAUAUCUAG